UCCACCCCUGCCACGGAUCCGACUCCACCGCGAGCUAGCAAGCUCGGAAUUCGCCUCGCGCGCUUGGUCUCGGGCUCUCGGCCUUCCCCUACAAUAAAAGGAGACGCGUGGUGGUGGAACUCAUCGUCCACGCAACGGAAAGCAACGCCUCGUGCUCGAUCGCCCCGGUUCCCCCGCGAUCCCGAUCGACCCUCCAGCAGUACGUAGCAGCGACCACCGACGACGACGACGACACCCAUGGCGUCAGAGAAGCAGCAGGUCUCAGGCGGCGGCGCGGCGCCGAUGUGCGCCAACGGCUGCGGCUUCUUCGGAAGCGCCGCGACCAAGAACAUGUGCUCCAAGUGCUACAAGGAACACGUGAUGAAGACCGCCGACGCCGCCGCUCCGCCCGUCGCCGAGAAGAAGGGCGACGAUGCAGCGCCAUCGCCGGCGCCGGAGGUGGAGGAGAGCGGCUCAUCCGCGGAGACGACGGAGGAGCACGAUGGUGCCGACUCUGCGGCGCCCGUCAUGUGCGGGAACGGGUGUAGCUUCUUCGGCUCCGCGGCGACCAAGAACCUGUGCUCAAGCUGCUACAGGGACCUCCUCAAGGCCGCCGACGCCGGCCUCGCCGUGGCCGAGAAGAUCGAGGUCGCGCCCGAGCUGCCGGCGCCUAACGCCUCCGCCGCGGCCUCCUCUAGCGCGGCGCCGGCGGCGAAGCCGGCGCGGAACAGGUGCGGGUCGUGCAACAAGAAGGUCGGGUUGCUGGGGUUCGUCUGUCGCUGCGGCGGCACAUUCUGCUCGCUGCACCGCUAUACCGACGAGCACGCCUGCGACUUCGACUUCAAGACGGCGGGCCGCGAGCAGAUCGCCAAGAAGAACCCGCUCGUCGUGGCGCCCAAGAUCAACAAGAUCUGA